AUGUAUACCCAAGCCGCCAAACAUAAAAUUGAUAGCCUUAUAUUGAAUUAUUUCAUACAAGAAGGUUAUCAGGAAGCUGCUAUUAGUUUUGCACGAGAGACAGGAAUUGAUUUAAAUGAUCAAAACGCAAAAGUCGAGAGCAGCCAUGGCCCUGAUAACUUUACACUUGUGAAACAACUAGGAAGUAUAGGAACUGUUAGUGAUUCUCAAUUUUCUGAAUUAAUCAUUAACCAUUUCCAACAUGAUAAUCAGGUAUCUAGGAUGGAGUCGUCGGUAGCAGCUCCUUCAUCUUCUUCCUCUUCUCUGCAGAGGGCCCAGCCAUUGUCAUCCGGAUACUCUACAAUAAAUCAACGUAAGCAAAUUAAGCUAUUAAUUUUGAAAGGUAAUAUAACAGAGGCAAUUUCCAAAAUUUCGGAUUACUUUCCAACUAUCUUGGAUACAAAUAAUCUUCUCUACUUCAAAUUACUAAGAUUGAAUCUAAUUGAAAUGAUCAGGAACCAUAAGCUCGAUUCAAAAAUCACAUCAGAAAAGGAAAAGGUAUUUUUAAGUGAUAUAUUAACAUUUGUUAGAGAAAAUUUGAUAAAUAAAGUUAUCAAUCUGACAAAACUCUUGAAGGAGCUAGAAAUUACAAUGCUGCUUUUAUGUUUCAAAUUUGAUCCAAAUGUUAAGAAUAUUGAAGAGCAAAAGGAUCUUCCUGAAGAGUUGAGAAAUUUGUUCAACUUGUCUUUAAGAAAUAAGUGUUAUGGGUUGGUCAACAAGGCAAUUUUGAACCUUAAUCCUAGUAUUUUAGAUAGCCGCCCUUCAAAUGGAGAUGAGAAUAAUCUUAAUCUUAUCGAAUUUGAUCUCUCUAAGUUCACUCAUCAACGGGGCUCAGAUAAUGACGAAGAGCUUGAUUUAGAGGACUUCGAAGGAGAUUUUGAGUUCACUGCUCCUGUAAGUGGUAGUACGGGAAGUAAUGGUACCUCUAACAAUAGUGGCUCUAAAACCGUAGAUAAAGAUAACGAAGAGGAAUUGAACAAGUUGCAUGAUCUAUCACUAGAAUCGAAGUUAGAGAAGAUCAUAAAGCUAUGGACAAUUACUGAGGGUCGAUUAGUUGAAUUUCGCAUUAUUAAAGAAGGGCGAUACACCUUGAAUGAUGAAUAG